UACUUUUCACUUUACUUCCUUUUCAAUUUUUUCUCCCAUUAUAUUUAAAAAAAACAGAUAAACCACCAUCUCUAAGAAAGAAGACUAGAGUUGUCAUUUGCUGUUGAAGUUACUUCAGUUUCUUCUUGCAAACCCUAAAUUAUUGAUUUCCCUACCAGAUGUUUACAUAAGAAAAAUUGCACUGACGCAAACUCCAUUAAAAUUUUUAUCUUCUCCAACAAUUUCUCAUCAUUCAAGCCAGAAAUGGGUGCACCCAACUCUUACCGAUUUCACCAAACCGAUGAUGGACCGUAAUCCACUUCAACGGCAUUGCUUCAGAUGGGAAAGGCCGAAGAAGAACAGCCUUUGCCUUCCAGUGUUGCCUCCGGUGAUCCCGAGCAGAAUGUGGAGGCAAGCUGUGGGUGCAGAUGUUCAAAAAUUCGGAAAUUCAUUGGCUUCAGAUGCAUUUUCGUCCUGCUGCUAUCCGUCGCUGUGUUCCUCUCUGCUUUAUUUUGGUUACCCCCAUUUGUUCGGUACGCAGAUCAGAAGGAUCUGGGUUCCGAUUCAAAAUAUAAAGGUCAUGAUAUUGUUGCCAGUUUUAUUAUGAAGAAGCCAGUCUCUCUGCUGCAUGACAACAUUUCACAACUUGCAGAUGACAUUUUUGACGAGUUAUUAGUUCCCUCUACCAAAGUGGUUAUAUUGUCUCUUGAUCCCCUGUCUGGGUCAAACAUGACCAAAGUGGAGUUUGCUGUUGAUCCUGAUAAUAAAUACUCUGGAAUGCCUUCAGCUUCUGCUAGUUUGAUAAGAUCAUCUUUUGAAUCUCUGAUUGCUGGCCAAUCCGAUCUCAGGCUGACUUCAUCCUUGUUUGGAAAUCCCUUCUCUUUUGAGGUGCUAAAAUUUAAGGGAGGAAUUACUAUAAUUCCUAGACAGCAUGCGUUUCUUCUGCAGAGACCACAAUCACUAUUCAACUUUACUUUGAACUUCUCUAUUCGCAAAAUACAAUCAGAUUUCAAUCAAUUGACAAGUGAGUUAGAGUCUGGACUGCAUCUGGCAUCAUAUGAGAACUUGUAUGUCAUCUUAUCAAAUUCUGAAGGUUCAACAGUGGCUGCUCCUACAAUUGUUCAAUCAUCUGUUUUAUUUGCAGUUGGGAAUGGGGAUAUUCCAUCAAGGGAGAGGUUAAAGCAACUGGCAAAAACCAUCACAGGAUCUCAUUCAAGGAAUCUUGGCUUGAACAACACUGAAUUUGGUAGGGUUAAGCAGGUUCGACUUUCAUCCAUCUUGCAGCACUCCCUUAACGGUAGUGAUGGCAGGGGCACUUCUUGGUCGCCAGCUCCUGUUCCUCUGCCUCACCACCACCACCACCACCACCACCACCAUCACCACCACCAUCACCACCAUCAUCACCACCACCAUAAUUCCCAUCUUGUUCCUGCAACUUCACCUACACCAGCACCUGAAACCAGGAAACAUGCAACUGCACCAGAAGGGAGGAGUUCUCGAGCUGAGCCUCCUGUUUGUCAAUUUGGACAUAGAAAGAGGUCUUCCCGAAAUGCUGGAAAGCACCCUCAUUUGACGCCUGCUGUUGCACCUAACAUUGCUACACACUAUCCCGUUGCCUCACCAAAAAAACAAGUUGAACCGCCAGGACGUGCUUCUCAUUCAGUUCCUGUAUUGAGUCCUUUGCCAAAUGUGGCUUUUGCGCAUGCUGAGCCCCCUCCUAAGACUGAACCAGCUAGAGAACGUUCUAGCACACAUUCUCAUGAGCCGUCACCAUCUCCAUCUUCUGCAGGUACACGUGGGACUGAGAAAUGGACGACUUUAAUAUUAGUAGUAUUCUGUGUUACUUGUAUAACAAAUGACUGAACUGUAUUAUUCGGGCGGACAAACUAGAGUACUAAGAAAGUGAGCUACGCAAAGGGCGAGCUUCACAUCCGAGUGGACAUAAGUUGUCAUUAUGCUUGUAAAUAGUUGAUUGAAGAGGUCCAGGCAAAGCGAUGCAUGCAUUUUGAGGUCAAAGACCACAAGUGGCAGGCCUUAAUGACAUGCAUUGCCCCUCUAUUGUGUAUCCUUUUGUGCAGAGAUGUAAGAGGGAAAAUACGAAAGGAAAAAGGAAGUAACCAAAUUAUCCUUGUGUUUCUCACCCAAUUAUCCCCUCCUAAUUCCUUCUGUGUGCUACUCUUUACGAUUGAAAGGAAAACAAAGUUGGAUGGAUAAAUGUUAUUGACAAGCGCAGAUUUGGGCUUAGUAUGGCAUCUUCAAAUGCAUUACUCUUGCCGUCGCCGCAGCCUGGUCCGAAUACACUCUAUGGGCUCUUU